AUUUGUCUCCGGUAGUUAGAGUCGCUUUAGUAUGACAAAAGACAGGCAUUUUGACAGUAAAUACUUUUGAGAUAUAAAAACAUAAACAAACACUACAGAGAGUCACUUAGCUUCCAGUUGUGAUUUUAAUGUUAGCUCAUAAUCAAAAACUCAAGUGAGCGUCCCCCCCAGAAAAUGAAAAAUUCAGCCCUGGAAUCCAGUUUCACUCAGCAACAUGAAAUUCAGUCAGCACGUCUUUCAUAAUGAGACCCACCAAAAAGUCUCAAGAACCAAAGAUGUACUCUGACUGCUAUCAAAUUUGAGUUGAGUACAAAGUUUGAGCUAAAAGUAUCUUCGGAAUUUAAACAAAUGUCUGUAUUGGCACAGCAGAGGCCCAAUCAAGAUUGUUUCAUAACAUGUGGUGCUGUGUCCCCCAUGACUCCAAUUUGCUAAUCGUUGCCUACAAGUCUGAAAUAAAGUGGAGUCUGCAGCACAAAAGACACCAUUGAUGACGCAGACGCGCACCGUGGACCAAACCUCACUCGCUGCAACACUUCUGUCUGACCACCUCCGAGCUCACCAUGAAGCUGUUUUUGGCACUGGCGGCUUUCAUUGUGCCACUUGUCAGAGCUCAGGUGCCUCAUUGGGGUCCGUGUCCAGAACCGGAUGUUCAACCCGCUUUCAACCUCAAACAGUUCAUGGGGAGGUGGUUCGAAAUCGCCAGACUGCCGACGCAGUUCGAAAGGGGCCGCUGCAUCGAGACCAACUUCACGUUCAAGGUGGACAAAUCCAUCCGAGUGGUCAGCUCGGAAAUACUGAAAGGAGAGCGAAGGAAAAUUGAAGGAACAGGUGUCAUCGAGGAUCAGAAGAAUCCAGCCAAGAUGGGAAUAAGCUACUCCUAUGUGCUGCCAUUUUCCCCCUACUGGAUUCUGUCCACCGACUACGUGAACACAGCCCUGGUGUACUCCUGCACGGACGUCCUGCGUCUCUUCCAUCUGGACUUCGCCUGGAUCUUCAGCCGCACGCGCACCCUGCCACCGUCGACCAUUGACAGCGCCAAGGAGACCUUCGCCAACAACAACAUCGACGUGACGCGCAUGAUCGACACCAAGCAGCAGGCCUGCGACAAAGAAGCGCCGUGGAGUGACGAUCAGCUAUUAUAAUACAUUUUGUUUUAACUGCACUUUAAGUUAACAGUUAAAAUUGUCUAAAAAUAUAUAUAGUACAGUACAAGUAUACUACUGUAUGACUGAAUAUAGCCACAUGCUUCUACUGAACCACUGAUUCAAUACAAACAAUAAUAAUAAAAAAAAAACCUACAACAUCAAAUUAUGCUAGAAAUAAAAAUAAAGUGAUAUUUUUAGAAGGUUGCUGCGAUACAAUAUACUGUAUAAGUUAUUUUGUUAUCUGUCACAUGCUUAGAGCCUAAACUGGAGACACAAAGCUGGCAAUUAGAAUGAAUAAACCUUUUAAAUGCAAUUCAUGUGAGAGCUCUUGUUAGUUUUCACGAUGCAUCAUUGUGAAGCUUUGGGUAGUCACAGAAUAAUAAAAUCGAAAUAAAAUAGACAAAUAAAAUAAGAGAAAUGUAGAAAUUGUUAAAAAAUGCAUCAUAGUUUAUCAUUUUAAAGGAGACAUUUAUGCAUUUUUUUAGAAUUCAAAACAGCUCCCAGGUGUGUUGAUAACAUGUCUGUGUCAUGUCAGAACAUCUACUUGUGGUUUGGAUGUCUCCUGCAGCCCAUCAAGGCAAUAAACAUUUGCUUCUUCUUUGGAUAUCUUCUGCAGCCCGUCAAGGCAAUACACACAGAAUUACACGUUGCUGGUUUCUGUUUCCUCACAACAUAAUCUGAUUGAUUGACACCAUUCGUAGUGAUGUAUUCAUCAUGCCUAUCACUGUUAUGUUGUGACACAUGUUUUGAUCAGUGUGGCUCCAUUCAGUGCUCACCACAGAAGCCUUUGAGAUGAUUUCAAAAAGGUGCCUGAGCAUGAGAAUCUUUGAAAAAGAUGUUUGGAGCCCAAAUGGAAGCUUCUAGCGUGUUUGUGGUGACGCAGCGUCUGGUGUUUUGUCAUAACUGCUGGGUUAGUCGUAAACGUUAAAAGCCAGAAAACAUGUCAGUCUGACAAGCAAAAUCAGUGAGAUGCUUAAAACAUCUGCUGCUCUAACGAAAGUAGUUCCCACUAAUUGUGCCGCAGAGUGUGUGGUCUAACACACGCUGGCGUCGUGAAAAUGCUUAACACAAACAUGAAAGUCUCCAACAGCCUUACAGUAAUCUUCACAUUUGGUGUGCUUAUAUCAGAGUUUGAUAUCUCAAAAUGGGCCAAAAAUAAUAUCAUUACUGUAUGUUUCUAUGAAGUCCAAUCUUACACAGUGCUAUUUUCCUUAAUAAAAAUG